AUGCCCGCCGUGCGGAGUGGGGAUUCGCUCCAAUCCCGAUCCGCCACUAGGUCUAAGGAUGCGCCUAACAAAAAUCUCCCUUCGCCUCCGGAGCUCCUCAAAUACUUUCCUAUAUACGAAAUAUUAAUUUGCACGGCUUGCCGGCAUGCCAUCAAGCCGGGAGGCGUUGCUCGGCACUUAAAAGAUAUCCAUCGUCUCCAAAACGAGCAACGACGUCCAUACACUUUAUAUGCAAGCAACUUUGCUUUGAAAGCCCCCGAGGAUGUAUCAAGUCCCCCAGAUAAUGAAUUUCCGAUGCCAUAUCUCCCCCUUGAACAGGGAUGGAGAUGCCGGGCACCGGGCUGCGAUUAUCUGUGCGCUUCCAUAAAACGAAUGGAGACCCACUGGCCUUCCAAGCACGGAUCUAAAGGAAAUCCAAGUCAUGAUUGGACACCGGCGCCUUUACAAACUUUCUUCAGAGGCAAUUCGCUGCGCUAUUUCACCACCGAUGGCCCCAAUCAGUUGAAGCCAAGCUCACAAAGCCUCCCAAAUGCAUCGGGCUGUAUUCAAAAGAUGCGGCACAGCUAUAGGCUAGACGCCGUCGACUCUUUAAUGCUAGAGCACUAUUUCUAUUCAUCAUAUAAAAGCUUCUCUAAAAGAAAUCAGACAGAAAAAGUCUGGCUUAAUGUUGUUGCAGACCUUGCAUCUUGCCAUCAGUUUCUGAUACAUGGUAUCCUGGCCUGUACAGCACUGCAUAUGGCGCAUAUAUACCCGCUUCAACGUGAACUGUACGUUCUACGAGCCUAUACCCACCAAGAUACGGCACUCCCACUCUUCCGGGGUGAGCUCGAACACCCUACGCCCCAGAACUGUGAUGCAAUAAUGGCAUUUGCAUAUUUGCUCGUCGUAUUCUCUUUCGCAACGGAACUUGAUAAUGGCCAAAACUCCCUUCUCCUGAUUAAUGACACGGCAGAUGGUCCGAAAGAAAAUAAAUUUAUUCUUCCUCAAUGGCUUCACUUUAUUAGAGUCGGCUGUGAGAUGCUGGAUCAGGUCUGGGAGCAGAUUGAAAGGGGACCGGCGUCUGCUUUGGCUGAUGCAUGGGAAAUUGAGCUUGAUGUUGGUGAUAGCAAGAUUCCUUAUCUAGAAAAGUUUAUGUGUUUUAUCCCAGAAGAUGGAUCUUGGUCGGAGAAGGUCAUUUCAGUUUAUCGGGAUGGAGCAAGCAUCUUGGCUGAUGCGUUUGCUUAUAUGAAGUCUGAGACUAUCAAGCCUGACGUGAGCACAUGGAAUAUUCUGGGUCUUUGGUGUGUGCGUCUUGAUAAUGAGUUUUAUGAUUUGAUCUUUGUGAGACAUCCUGGAGCAUUGAUUCUUCUGGCUUGGUACUGUGUUAUUAUGAAGCGGAUGGAAUUGUGUUGGUAUUUUGGGGGAAGACCGGCAAGAUUGAUUGCUUCUAUUACAGAUGCACUCGAUACAAGGUGGCACCCCUGCAUUAAAGAUGCUGCAGAUCAAAUUUUAGGCUCUUAA